UAGCUUGCCUGGACAUUGCCGCAUCUCUUUUGUCACACACUGCAAAUAUGUCCAGUGAAUUGAAAUGGAGACUUGACUAAUGGAUUGAGAGUAACAGGUAUGUGUGUGUGUGUAUGUGUGUGUGUGGGUGUGUGUCUGUGCAUGUGUGCGUGUGUUACCAGAGCUACCUGUCGAUGGAUGGGUUUCUCUAUAUAAGACACACUGUGCCAGGCAGGGACAAGGAAACGCUCCUGGGAGCCUGAUAAGACGCCAGCAUACACCAGCACCCUCUCUCUAUCAUCCUUCUGUUUCUUCCUUUUGGCAGUCAAUCUACAGGGAGCAGAAUGAAGAGCAUCCAGUAUUUGGCUGGACUUCUACUUCUCAUCAUUGUACAAAACAGUUGGCAAAUUCCCAUCGAGGACACAGAGGAAAAUUCUAGUGUAAUGUUAGAAGACACGCUAUUCAAUAAUCCAACUAACAUGAAGAGGCACUCAGAAGGAACAUUCUCAAACGAUUACAGCAAAUAUCUGGAGACCAGAAGAGCUCAGGAUUUUAUACAAUGGCUGAUGAACUCAAAGAGAAGUGGUUCCCACACAAGACGGCAUGCAGACGGCACAUACACCAGCGACGUGAGCUCAUACAUGCAAGACCAGGCAGCCAAGGAGUUUGUGUCCUGGCUGAAAAUGGGGAGAGGGAGAAGAGAGUAGAGAAGCACUGCAUACCUUUUACACUGGAAAGAGACACUCUGCAACACUCUGUUGGACCAUCCUAUUCUAUCAUACCAUAUUUUAUAAGGAACUGUGGUGUCAUUGCCUAAAACAAAAUGUGUUUGAAAUAAAUCUCUGUUGAACCUAA